GUCAUGGCUGUGCGAAGAAACAAGGGGUCUAAAAAAUCAACCAAAAACAGGAAAGUGAGCCGUGUCAAACUUUCAAAUAAGAAACUCAGCAAACUAGCAAAACAGGGUAAGCUAGGCCAGUUGAAGAAACGACGCCAGUUAUUGCGGGCUAAAAGUGGGGAACCUAACGAUGAAGAGACUGAUGAUGUCACUGAAGAAGUAAUUGAAGCCCCACUUGAAGAUGCUGAUUAUGAAUAUUUUGGUACUGGAGGAAAAGGUCAUAGAUUUUUAGCUAGUUAUGGAGAAAGAGAUAAAAAUGGAAAGAGGAAAAUAGCAGAAGAUGAAAUCGAGGACAGAUAUGAACAGUUGCCAAGGAAACAAGCACGUGUAGAAACAAAGGCUCUGCUCCCAGUGAAGGACAAGCAGGGAGUAAAGCAGAGGCAUGUUGUAGUUCAGUCCAAUGGUGCUGAUGAAGCUGCAUCAGAUAAUGAAGAAGAAGAAGCCAAGUCAGUUGAACCCCCUGCCCCAGCAUCUAUCACUGAACUGUUUCUCACCAGACAGCAGAGGGUUGCUGAAGUGAGGCAGAAGGUCGCAGUUCUUGCUAGUGCUGUCGUAGAAAACCCACAAGAUAAUACAAAGAAGCUGAAGGAGCUACGUGCAAUGCUUGAGGAGACAGAUCCUCAUAUAUUCCUGACUGUGCGCAAAUUGGCCAUGGUGUCUCUCCUAGAGGUGUUCACUGAUAUAGUUCCUGGGUAUCACAUAAGACAAGCCACUGACAAAGAGAGGCAGCAGACAGUUAAAAAAGAGACCAAGAAACUGAGAGAAUAUGAAGAAACAUUAUUGCGGCACUACAGACUUUACCUAGAGUUCUUAGAAGCAACUCUAAAGUCAGGGAUCAAACAUGGUAAUGGUGUAAACAAGAAAUUACCAGAGCAAGCUGGUAAAGUUCUCUCCCAUCUGGCUGUGAAAUGUCUCUGUCGUCUCCUAGUAGAGAACCACCAUUUUAACUACACAAGCAAUAUUAUUACCAUCCUCAUGCCAUACUCUACACACAAUGAUCCGAUGAUAUGUACUGCAGUUCAAGAUGCUGUGAAGACUGUCUUCAAGAUAGACCAUAACCAGGGCCAUAUAACACUUCAGAUCUGCAUCUUACUCAGUCGACUCAUCAAAAAUAAAAUUAAUAAAGGUGUUCGAGUUGAUCCCAAGGCGAUUGAUGUGUUUCUGGCAUUACGGAUUAAAGAAGUUGACUUCGAUAAAUCAUCUAAGAAAGACAAAAUGACUCAUAAAGAGAAAAUGCAAAAGUUUUCCCGAAGGAAUAGAAAACGCAAUAAAGAGAUUGAGAGAUUAGAUAAAGAACUUGAAGAUGUUGCAGCAACAACUAAUAGAAAGAAACGUAUUGAACUGCACACGAAAAUAGUUGAAGCAGUAUUCUUGACAUAUUUUCGAAUUCUCAAAAAUUCUCAGAAAUCACCACUUAUAUCUGCAGUAUUGGAGGGCCUAGCCAAGUUCAGCCACUUGAUCAGCAUAGACUUCUUUGAUGAUCUCUUCAAUGCCUUGAAUGGCCUCUUAAUUACUGGGGAUCUUGACUAUAAAGAGAGCCUGCAUUGUAUACAGACUGUGUUUACUAUGAUGUCAGGUCCAGGAGAUGCCUUCAAUGUGGAUCCUGCCAACUUCUAUACACAAUUAUACACUCUGAUUUCUAACUUCACUCAAGAUAAAAGCAAAGUUUGCACGGGUCCAUUGUUAGACUGCUUAAUGGCAGUUGUUGUAAAAAGAAGAAAACAGCUUAGUCUAGCGAGAUUACUGUCCUACAUUAAGCGUUUGUGUACAGUUUCACUUCAGCUGCCUACAUAUACAACUGUUCAGUUCUUAAAGGCAGCAAAUACUUCAUUACAGAGUCAUCCAAAGGCAGAUAUGCUCUAUGACUCAGAGGACUUUGGGGGAGGGGUGUACAUGCAAGACUGUGGAGAUCCAGAGAUGGCAAAUACACAUAAUACAGCUCUCUAUGAACUGUACAACCUCAGGCAUCAUUACAACCCAUCUGUAAGAAAACUAGCCAAUCAGAUGAGUCAGCAGACUUUGCAAAGCUAGCUCUUAAUUCCUCAAGAGUUAUGGCUAUUUUAAUCUAGUCCUGCCAAGCUACUCCACUGCAAAACCUGCUCCAAGAGUACCUGCAUCGACACAGCUAUUAAGUAAAACAAGCCACAAGUGGUCAAGUUUACACCAGUGAAAUUGCUACUUAUAGAGGGAUAAUAAAAUGAAUUGGACUUUAAGAAUACAAACAGUCAUAUUUGUGAAGCUGCUGAAACAUGCAUUUUUAGAACUUUUAGGUUUCUAAAUUAAGUGCCUGCUUAUGGCGGAAGGAUGAAAUAAAUUAAUAGAUUUAAACCAACAUGAAUCAGCUUCAUUAUAAUGUAUGCAUUUUGGCAUUUCUAAUCCCCUUGGAAGAAAUGUGAAAACUAUUUUCUCAACUGCUCCAUAAUGAAACACCAUUUUUAUAUGGCAUGUCUCAUCCAACAUUCAUUUUAGUGACACCCGGCAGUUGGCAUCUCUAACAAACAGACUUGCCAACCUAAAAAGAAAAAUUUGGGGAUAUCUGUAAAAAAAAUUGCGGUACUUUCACGGAAGUUUUUUUUUU